GUCGAGCUCGAGCGCGAAAAGGCAGCAGCCCGAGCGCUCGCGCUGCUUGCGCGAGACGCGCACCGUCGCAGCGCUGUAACACGUGCCCAUUAUUACUGCUUGGGCAGCCUUAUCGAACGAUGCGCAGCCUGUCACUACUCAUCCUGAUCUACGACGCCAUCGCAGACGAGACCUUCGUGCCAAGAACAUUAGUAGAAACGGACGACAUCCCUCUCAAUGGCGAGGACUCUACUGAUGCCGGCGCGGCCUUGGUGAAAAGUGGCGCCUACGCGGAGCUCCGCCAAGCAGCACAAACGACCAGCGCUACAUUAGAACUGCGAGCGAACGCCGCGCUCACUUACCUACUCGAGGGCGAUCUGACCACCGCGGACAUCGUGCUCUCGCAUUUAGCAAGGUGGUGCCGCACGAAGUGGAACAAGACGCUGCCGGAUAAUGAUGAAAUAGCGUGGCUCCACGCGCCGUGCGGGGCCGUCAAGAAGAACUUAUUCUGGACCUUGGAGACGCGCGAGACGCACUUCCAGCUCUGGGACCUGCAGGAGGAGAUCAUGGACACGUACAAAGCGAGAUUGCGUGCUGCCCUGCGCGGCGUCGGCACGUCAGAAGGAAAAGCGCUCUCGGUCUACGACGUGGGACUAGGCGACGCCGUCUGCAAGCACCGCACGUUACAAGAGCAGAUCCAGAACCCCUGUUCCCCAACGAUGCACGGGUCCGCGGCCACAACCCUGAAGGUGGAAGACGCCUACCUGGAUCUGUUGAGACGGGGCCUGACGAAUUUUUUGCACGCGGACUGGCAGAACAUGGACUGGCGGCCCUACCUCGAGGAGGAAGGUUUAACACAUGACGCAAAGGCCUGUUCGGUACAGGAGCUGUCGCACGUGCCACCGGCCCAGGCCUGCGAGCAGCCCUGGGGUCCGGCCUGGCGCGCCGCCGGCGUGUCUGGAUUGGCCUCGGGAAAGGAGGGCGAGGAGGCCGAGCGGCAGAGGAGGCGCUUCCAGACGACGUUGGCUGUUGCCGACUUAGUUCAUUUGGAGGUCGUCGUGGACACUAUUUUAACAGAUAAUGUAAAGGGCGACUUCAUGGAGGCCGGCGUCUUUAGGGGAGGCGCCUGCAUCAUGCUGAGGGGGCUCCUGGCAGCUAAACGGGACGUGCAUCGCAGAGUGUACGUCGCGGACUCGUUCGCGGGCAUCCCGCCGCCGCGGCGCGCCAUCGAGGACGUGUCGACGGGCAAGGUCCUGGAUCCGGAGCUCGACCCGACGUUUGAUUGGGUGGAUCGGUUUGUGGCGGGCGAGGAUUUGGUGCGGUACAACUUCCGGCGGUACGGGCUGCUGGACGAUCGCGUUCGAUUUUUGAGGGGCUUCUUCAACGAGAGCCUGCCGCCGGUUUUCGGGUCCACGUCGACAGAACGACCUGUUACAAUCAACAAUGCCCCGACUCUAGCGUUAUUGCGCAUCGACGCCGACGCCUACGACGGUGUGCUGGACGCUCUGGAGGGCGCCUACCACCGCCUGUCGCCGGGCGGCUUCGUGAUUAUCGACGACUGGCACCUCGGCGGCGCGCGCGCGGCGGUCCACGCGUUCCGGCGGCGGUUUUCCAUCAAAGGCCCGAUCCGGUCGUCGCCGUCGGAUUUGGUUCUCACGUGUUCAACGGAUCUGACGGCGGUGGCGUCCUGCGCCACGGGCCGCGCCUUGCUCGCGCAGAGCAAGGCCUACACGGUGACGGUCCUGCCGCACGUCGCGUACUGGCGGAAGGGCUGGGACGAGCCCGGGCCCUAGUUUUUUUCUUCGCGAUGGCGUGCCCCUCUACGCCGUCGAGGCGACGCGCGGUCGCGGCGAUGGCGUGCUGGU